AUGAGUUAUAUGCGGUGCCAGCACCUGCAUUCUGAAAUUAAGCGUUAUGUAAAUAGUAGACGUAUUUUACAGCAGUGGAGAUCUCUCUAUUUAGCUUAUGCCAUCAACGCCUGUCAGAUCAGACAAGCUCACGUAAACAAUUUUGCCCAUGUUGCAAGAUCACCGAAAAAAUUAUUGUCUGAAAUAGAUCAGCUUGAACAACAGCAAUUAUCUCACUUGAAAGGAAAGAAAAAAUCACCCAACUACCUAGAGUACAAAUAUAAGAAUGAGGACGUAUCAAUACCUGCUUCUUGCUCAGUAAUUAUUCACAAAGCAGACUCUUGCUUACGGAAUGAUGAUUAUGAAAAUGCUUGGAAGCAUGUGGAUACUCUUUCAGCUAGCGAAUUAAUUAAAACAACAAUACCAAAUUCCACCCUCCAUUUACUAUUAGACGCACUAUAUAAAUUGGUCGAUCUGAAUUUACAACGACGGCUCACUGUAAAAUAUCAUGAUUUGCAAAAAUUGUAUACCACACGUUUAGAUGUAUUAUCAAAUGUUAUCAGUCGGAGGAAAGAUAUUUAUCUAGAUGAGAUAGAGCUGAGCAUGUUAUUCGAAAUGUAUGGCAAACUGGGACAUAUGCACCGUGUAGAAGCUAUAUAUCGGAAUAUCUAUUUCUAUCUCGAUACAACAAGUAGUCAGAACCUGACAACUGGGCUCUAUAAUCAGCUAUUAGCCGUCUAUUUAAGCCAAUUCAAAUACGUGGAUAAAUUGACAUGCCAACGUUAUUUCAGCAAAAUGCUCACUCUUGUGGAAAACGAAAUGAUACGAAAAAAAUGCUUGUCGCCGAAUAUGUCAACCUACAAUCUGUUGCUAGCAGCAAAAAUUAAAUUAAAUGAUUUGCCAGGAGCACAAAAGAUACUGGCUUCCUGUACUCUCAGUCGUCAUUUGAGUCCUGAUAAAACGACAUAUCAGAUAUUAUUGCGGGGAUUUUUGAAAGAUUGUUUAUCAACUAAAGAUGCAAAAAUCGCGAGAAUGUGGAUUGAUGAAAUGGUACAGUCAGGUUUUCGAAUAGAUACUCGUAGUUUUCAUAGCGUAUUACAAGGUUUGUCAGAACGUAUAGAGCAGUAUGCAAGACAGCAUUAUCCUGCAGAUGUAGCCAUUACAACCAAAUCACUCUAUAACGUGUAUGAGGCUAUGUUACGACUAGGACACAAACCAGAUACACUUACAGUCAAUCUGCUUCUGAAAGGGUUGACGGCUGCGAAAGACGAAGCAAAAAUUGAAACACUAUUACAAAGCGUGAAGUUUCCGAAAAGAAAAGAAGGAUGCGGUAAUUGCUCUAACUGCGGCUGUGGAAGCAGCAGUAGCAGUAGCAGCGGCCAUAGCGAUACACAACAAAGCUCUGCAAUAACGUCGUCAACAGCUGUAUCGAUUGAACCUAACGAAUAUACGUUUGCAACACUUAUAAAGUAUUACCUGGACAAAGAUGACCCUAAUAAUGCUUUCAAGACGUAUGAUGCGAUGGUUGCAGCUAAUUACGAUCCAAACACCGUUAUCUAUGCCGACUUUAUCCACUAUUAUGCUAAGAAAGGAAAUGUUAAAGAAUGCCUCAAAUAUAUGGAUGUAAUGCGAUAUAAGGGCAUUCCUUGUAACAUUUACAUAUAUAACAUCCUAUUAGACUGCUCGCUUAAGUAUCCACACGAAGAAGGUCGGAUACAACCCUAUCUGCGUGAGUUAGCCGCUAAUAACAGCGUUGUUUUCGACGAAGUUUCGAGAAAUAUUCAACUAUCACGAUUUAAGAUAUCUUCUAAUGAGGACAUUUUUCGCUCGGUCGAUGGUUUUGGAGAUUUGCUAGAGCAAAUUAUAUACAACGACGGACAUCAUCUAUCAACACGUACCUAUAACACCAUUUUACAAGCCUCAGGUCAAUUUUACAAAUCAAAAACAACAUUAACAACGAAAGGAUUGGGUGAUAAAUUAGAUAAUAUGAUCGCCUUCCUUGAUACCUCUAAUUUGAAACCUGAUAUUUAUACCUAUGCCCUUAGAAUUCGUAACGCUGCCUACUUGGGCGAUAUGGAAAAAGCAGAACGGAUCUUCAAGACCAUGAACGAGGAUAAUAUUAAACCUAAUGCCUACGUCUUUUCACAUCUCAUCUAUGGCUAUGCAAAAAAGGGCGAGCUGAAAACUGCUGAACAGAUGCUACAGUUGAUGUCUGAAAAGCAUCAAUUAAAACCGUCGGCUAUCAAUUAUGCACCUCUUAUUCAGGGCUACGCAGAAGCAGCUAACUAUGAUAAAGUUUAUGAAACAUACCGUGCUAUGCUUAACAGAAAGAUUGAGCCUGACAUUGUUAUUUACACUAUUCUUGCUGGUGUUUUCUUGCAACAGCAAUAUUCGUCAAGGUUUACUCAUCGUGGGUCAUCAUCUAAUAAAAAUCGGCGCAUCGCUAUUGAUUUGUUAGAAGGCAUCACUAAAAAUGGUAUCUCGAUGGACGUUGCCGCUUUGACACUCACAGCAGAAGCUUAUGCAUUAGAUGCUGCAGCUAUUAUCCAAGAUUGUUUACAAGUGCAAAAACCUUUUGAUGAUGCUAUUAUACAACACGCAGAAAGAAUCGAUGGCAUAUACCAGCAGCUGAAGGAUUUACGUUGGCUUGACGAUAAGGCGAUUACCACGUUAUUUAUUUGCUACUACCAUUUACGGAAACCAGAAGGAGCUUGGAGAAUGUGGAACGAGCUAUUGACAGAGCGCCACGUUAAAUUUAGUGCAUAUCAUUACAAUGCUCUAUUGACAAAUUUUACAGCGUCAAGAACAUGGUUCCCAAUGGCCAACGUUGUGUUUAAAGAGAUGGAAAAGCAUCCUAUCGCAAAGCCAGAUAAAUUGACUUUUGAUGUGAUGUUAUGGGGUGCUUAUCAACACUCUAAUUAUACCAGCUUGAGGAAAAUAUGGGAAUCACCUUUGCGCGAUAAAUCGUCUCCGUUACUGGUCAGAAAUUACUAUGCAGUUAUUCAUACAGCGCUGAUGAAUGAUGACAUAGAUACUGCAAAAGGGGCUUAUAGAGAAUAUUGUCAAUUAGAAUCGUCCCCCGACAUAACAACAGUAUGGAUUAAUCAGAUCAAGGCUCUUGCUUUUCGAUAUGAUUUAGAGAGAACAACAACCGCAAAAUCGGAGACUAAUGCGAAAUACAACAUUACAUCUGAUACCAAUACUAAUGCAAUUACUUCUGCUGUAAACGUCAUUCAUUGA